AUGAUUACUACGAAGAAGGGCAAGCAAAAGUUAACGUGGCUUCGUCGUAAAGAGAGUUUGGCAGCCUUGCGUCAAGAAUCGGCAAAGUUGACGACGCAGCUGACCGAGUUGGAGCGACGUCGUGCCCUCGAAUCAGAGAAGUGGGAGGCGGGGCUAGAUCGGAAGCGACACCAGAAGGCGCUGGCCGAUCGGAUCUACCUCAAGCUCCAGAGCCUCUGUCAUUUGCGUGCGUCACGGUCCCUUCACAAGGAACUCUGCGUCGGCCGGAAGUUUCAGCUCAACGCUUGGGUCUUUGAUGCGCUGGAGGAGACCCUGAACUCGAAGUGUGGUGCUGUCGUUAGAGCUCUGUCCACCACUUUGCCUAUUGACGCAGACCGAGACGUCGACGCGGUGGAAGUGCUGAAUCCUUCGGACGGGCAGUUUGCAAUCAAGUUCACCCGGGAGAGUUUCAUCUCUUCCAGCGAGGAAGACUUCGGCGUCAAGAUGGACGCUGAAGUUGCCUGGCGCUCCACGGACACGGUGACGAUGAAGGUGUUGUUGCCCGUGAAACUACAGAACGGCAUACUCGUCACUGGUGGCAAUCACCUGGUGAUGAAAGCCUUAACCAUUCCUGGGGGCUUCGUUGCUCUGAUGGAGUCGACGGUGGAGUGGUCUGUGGACAUGGGGCAUUCGAAGCGGGUUCAGCCUAAUGCGGCAACCAGCACUGACCCAGGACAUAGAACCAAAGUUGCCUGGAGCUUUGAUGUCCAUCCAGGCGGAAGCUCUUGUGCAGGGGGCGGAUCCUCUCACGUCGAGGCCGACUUCUUGAUUCCAUCUAUCCAAGGAGUGAUGAACUCGAGACUUCAAAUGAUACAAAAUAUGGUGCUAGGCCUCCGGUGA